AUGAGGACAACGCUUCAGCGAAGACACUCUGGCCAAUCAGCCAUCACAAAGGCAUUCAGCAAACCAAAGGGCUACAGCAGGUCAGCCAAAUGAACAGUGCCACACCAUCUGUCUGUCUGCACACUUGUCUUCAGAGUUGUUUUCCCUUUUUACUCCUGCUACACUACAUGAUCAAAAGUAUGUGGACACCUGCUCGUUGAACAUCUCAUUCCAAAAUCAUGGGCAUUAAUAUGGAGUUGGUCCCCCCCUUUGCUGCUAUAACAGACUCUACUCUUCUGGGAAAGCUUUCCGCUAGAUGUUGGAACAUUGCUGCGGGGACUUGCUUCCAUUCAGCCACACAAGCAUUAGGGAGGUCAGGCACUGAUGUUGGGCGAUUAUGCCUGGCUCGCAGUCGGCGUUCCAAUUCAUCCCAAAGGUGUUCGAUGGGGUAGAGGUCAGGGCUCUGUGCAGGCUACUCAUGUUCUUCCACACCGAUCUCAACCAUUUCUGUAUGGACCUCGCUUUGUGCAUGAAGGCAUUGUCAUGCUGAAACAGGAAAGGGCCUUCCCCAAACUGUUGCCACAAAGUUGGAAGCACAGAAUCGUCUAGAAUGUCAUUGUAUGCUGUAGCGUUAAGAUUUCCCUUCACUGGAACUAAUGGGCAUAGCCCGAACUAUGAAAAACAGCCCCAGACCAUUGUUCCUCCUCCACCAAACUUUACAGUUGGCACUAUGCAUUGGGGCAGGUAGCGUUCUCCUGGCAUCCGUCAAACCCAGAUCCGUCCUUCAGAUGGUGAAGCGUGAUUCAUCACUCCAGAGAACGAGUUUCUACUGCUCCAGAGCCCUGUGGCGGUGAGCUUUACACCACUCUAGCCGACGAUUGGCAUUGCACAUGGUGAUCUUAGGCUUGUGUGCGGCUGCUCGGCCAUGGAAACCCAUUUCAUGAAGCUCCCGAUGAACAGUUCUUGUGCUGACAUUUCUUCCAGAGGCAGUUUGGAACUCGGUAGGGAGUGUUGCAACCGAGGAUAGACCAUUUUUUACGCACUACGUGCUUCAGCACUCGCGGUCCCCUUCUAUGAGCUUGUGUGGCCAACCACUUCCCGGCUGAGCUGUUGCUGCUUCUAGAUGUUUCCACUUCACAAUAACAGCACUUACAGUUGACUGGGAUGCUCUAGCAGGGCAGAAAUUUGACGAACUGACUUGUUGGACAGGUGGCAUCCUAUGACGGUGCCACGUUGAAAGUCACUGAGCUCUUCAGUAAGGCCAUUUUACUGCUUAUGUUUGUCUAUGGAGAUUGCAUGUCUGUGUGCUCGAUUUUAUACACCUAUCAGCAACGGGUGUGACUGAAAUAGCCAAAUCCACUAAUUUGAAGGGGUGUCCACAUACUUUUGUAUAUAUAGUGUAUUUGUUUUCACAGCUCCAUUUGUCUCAUGUCAGUGACUGCUUGUGUUUACUCACUGUUCAGCCAUAAUAACUGUCUCAUCUGACAGGAACAUUUACGUUUUUCCAGCCAUUGUAAUUGUUCAGUGAUACAAUAUUUGUAUUGCUGUCAGCAUUGCACAGGCCCUGUUGCUGCAAUUACCAUGAAAGCAAACUAGAAGCAGACUUGUGAUAGGCUUAUGUUGUCAUGAGUUAUUGAACGACAUCAUGCCAUACUGGAUAUGAUAUGGUACAGUAUGUUUUAUUAGUAUACAGCGUAAGAAUGCAUAUGCUCCAUUUGACCAUAGCCACAGGAAGUAGGAGUGCUGUGGGUGCUGCAGUACCUCCUAAAACAUAAAAUAAUUAUUUAUUUAUUUGUAUAAUAUUUUCCCAAAAGUAGUGCACUGGGCCUUCACUAGUCCUGUAUUACUGGACCGAUAUAGCCGUCUGUAGCACUGGCAAACAUUUUUCCAAAUCCCUCCCCCCCAAACUACUUCCUGCGGCUAUGCAUACGACCUAUGGAUGUCGUUUUCGAUUCUCCAAUGAUGUUUGUAAUGCUCUUGAGCUGUGGAGUGGCUAACAUUUUGUUUUCAUGUUUGACCCUCCUCUCUUCUCCAAGCCCUGCUCUAGCUCACUGUCUCAGUGACGCAUAACGCACACGGCACUCCACAGUCCCAAGGUCUUUACCGCUGCCAUCUGCAAAGAAUUCCUGCCUUUAUUUGGUCUCAGAGCUGCUCUAUCAUGGUAACGGCAGCUAAAUAGCGAGGAGUAACAAAAACAACCCCUGUUAAAUACGGCCUGUGGGGCUCUUGCCAUCUCGGAUUAGCUCCUACAAAAAAUGAAGAUAGUUUAGUGUCUAUCUACCUUUUGGUUGGCUUGGUUUACAAAAGAUCACUAUUAUUAUUAAUUGACACUUCAUUCUGUAGACAUCUGGAUUCCCUCACUAUGCCCUUUUUUGUCUCAUAGUCAUGAACAAUUGAAGAACUGUUUUAAGGCAGACAAUCAGCACUGUAGUACAUGCUUCUGUAUUUGCAGCAACAAUCAUAGUGAUUUCAACAUUGAUACUAACUCAAUAAUUGUCAUUUGACACCUUUGUGUACACUACAGUUCAAAAGUUUGGGGUCAUUUAGAAAUGUCCUUGUUUUCGAAAGAAAAUCAAAUUUUUUGUCCAUUAAAAUAACAUCAAAUUGAUCAGAAAUACAGUGUAGACAUUGUUAAUGUUGUAAAUGGCUAUUGUAGCUGGAAACGGCUGAUUUUUAUGGAAUAUCUACAUAGGCGUAAAGAGGCCCUAUAUCAGCAACCAUCAGUCCUGUGUUCCAAUGGCAUGUUGUGUUUGCUAAUCCAAGUUUAUCAUUUCAAAAGGCUAAUUGAUCAUUAGAAAACCCUUUUGCAAUUAUGUUAGCACAGCUGAAAAGUUUUGUGCUGAUUAAAGAAGCAAUAAAACUGGUCUUCUUGAGACCAGUUGAGUAUCUGGAGCAUCAGCAAUUGUGGGUUCGAUUACAGGCUCAAAAUGGCCAGAAACAAAUAACUUUCUUAUGAAACUCAUCAGUCUAUUCUUGUUCUGAGAAAUGAAGGCUAUUCCAUGCGAGAAAUUGCCAAGAAACUGAAGAUCUCGUACAACGCUGUGUACUACUCCCUUCACAGAACAGCGCAAACUGGCUCUAACCAGAAUAGAAAGAGGAGUGGGAGGCCCCGGUGAACAACCGAGCAAGAGGACAAAUACAUUAGAGUGUCUAGUUUGAAAAACAGAUGCCUCACAGGUCCUCAACUGGCAGCUUCAUUAAAUAGUACCCGCAAAACACCAGUCUCAACGUCAACAGUGAAGAGGCGACUCCGGGAUGCUGACCUUCUAGGCAGAGUUACAAAGAAAAAGCCAUAUCUCAGACUGGCCAACAAAAAUAAAAGAUUAAAGAUGGGCAGUCUGAGAUAUGUAUUUUUCUUUGUGACUCUGCCUAGAAGGUCAGCAUCCCGGAGUCGCCUCUUCACUGUUGAUGUUGAGACUGGUGUUUUGCGGGUACUAUUUAAUGAAGCUGCCAGUUGAGGACCUGUGAGUCCUGUUUCUCAAACUAGACACUCUAAUGUAUUUGUUCUCUUGUUCAGUAUGGAUAAAAGGCAACAUUGUUCUGUCCUCAUCAUUGACCUGUCAAAGGCUUUCGAUACUGUUGAUCACACUGCUAAUUCAGAGUAUUUUCUCAAUUGGCCUAGGCUCUAUCUGAACUACAGUCUGCCUUCACUGUAUUACAGAAAACUUUACUGACCUGAAAUUAGUACUGAAUGCAGGUAAUACUAACUCUAUACUAACGCGUAUAGAAAUAAGUGAUGAUUUACGCAUUCUGUAUGUACUUUGGAUGGUGUCCAUACAGUGCAUUCGGAAAGUGUUCAGACCCCUUGACUUUUUCCACAUUUUGUUACGUUACAGCCUUAUUCUAAAAUGGAUUAAAUAAAAAGUAUAUAUUUUUUGAAAAAUACAUUUACAUAAAUAUUCAGACCCUUUACUCAGUACUUUGUUGAAGCACCUUUGGCAGCGAUUACAGCCUCAAGUCUUCUUGGGUAUGACGCUACAAUCUUGGCACACCUGUAUUUGGGGAGUUUCUCCCAUUCUUCUCUGCAGAUCUUCUCAAGCUCUGCCAGGUUGGAUGGGGAGCGUCGCUCCACAGCUAUUUUCAGGUCUCUCCAGAAAUGUCACUCCUGCAUUGUCUUGGCUGUGUACCAAGACAAGGUGAACCUUCGCCCCAGUCUGAGGUCCUGAGCGCUCUGGAGCAGGUUUCAUCAAGGAUCUCUCUGUACUUUGCUCCGUUCAUCUUUCCUUCAAACCUGACUAGUCUCCCAGUCCCUGCCGCUGACAAACGUCCCCACAGCAUGAUGCUGCCACCACCAUGCUUCAAGGUAAGGAUGGUGCCAGGUUUCCUCCAGACGUGACGCUUGGCAUUCAGGCCAAAGAGUUGAAUCUUGGUUUCAUCAGACCAGAGAAUCUUGUUUCUCAUGGUCUGAGAGACCUUUAGGUGCCUUUUGGCAAACUCCAAGCGGGCUGUCAUGUGCCUUUUACUGAGGAGUGGCUUCCGUCUGGCCACUCUACCAUAAAGGCCUGAUUGGUGGAGUGCUGCAUAGAUGGUUGUCCUUCUGGAAGAUUCUCCAAUCUCCAAAGAGGAACUCUGGAGCUCUGUCAGAGUGACCAUCGGGUUCUUGGUCACCUCCCUGAUUGCUCAAUUUGGCCAGGCAGCCAGCUGUAGGAAGAGUUUUUGUGGUUCCAAACUUCUUCCAUUUAAGAAUGAUGGAGGCCAAUGUGUUCUUGGGGACCUUCAAUGCUGAAUAAAUAUUUUGGUACCCUUCCACAGAUGUGCCUUGACACAAUCCUUUCUCGGAGCUCUACGGACAAUUCCUUCGACCUCAUGGCUUGAUUUUUGCUCUGUCAACUGUGGGACCUUAUAUAGACAGGUGUGUGCCUUUCCAAAUCAUGUCCAAUCAAUUGAAUUUACCAAAGGUGGACUCCAAUCAAGUUGUAGAAACAUAUCAAGGAUGAUCAAUGGAAACAGGAUGCACCUGAGCUAAAUUUCGAGUCUCAUAGCAAAGGGUCUGAAUACUUAUGUAAAUAAGGUAUUUCUGUUAUUUUUUAUACAUUUGCAAACAUUUCUAAAAACCUGUUUUCACUUUGUCAUUAUGGGGUUAAAUAAUGGAUUAAAUUGAUUAAAUAAAUAAAAAUCCUCAUCAAUCUACACACAAUACCCCAUAAUGACAAAGCAAAAACAGGUUUUUAGAAAUGUUUGCAUAUUUAUUAAAAAUUUAAAACAGAAAUACCUUAUUUACAUAAGUAUUCCGACCCUUUGCUAUGAGACUCAAUCUUCAAAAUGUUCUUAAAUGUGAUGUUUUGGUGCAAUUCAGAAAGCUGAUUGAGGAAAUUAUUACUGAUGAAUGUGUUUGUUUUUUAUGAAGGUGUUUUUCUUUAUUUCUGCUUGUAUUUUGGAUUGAUAUGUUGAUGUGUGUAUUUUCUGUAAUGUGUCAUUCAGGGCUCAUCUGUAAAACAGACCUUUGUCUCAGUAUGACCCCUGUCACGGUUUCGGCCGAGGCUGCUCCUUCUCCUUGUUCGGGCAGGCUUCGGCGGUCGUCGUCUCCGGAGUACUAGCUGCCACCGUUCUAUGUUUCUAUGUUUGAUUGGUUUUGUCUGUUUGUUACACCUGUUCCUUGUUAGUGUUUAUUAUGCGUCCUAUUUAGUUCUCUUGAGUUUGGUCAGGUGUUGUGUGUAAUUGUUCGAUGUCACGUGUUGUGUUAGUUCGUUGUUCUGUUCUCUCUGUAUCGUUUUGUUAGAGAGAGUCCCGCACUUUGUGCGCAUUUAUUUUGUACUUACCAUUGUGCGUAAAGUUCGCCUGUGGCCUGUUGCCGUGGUUGGCUUGUUUCUUGGACUUCACUAAAGACAUCUGUUUCGAACCUCUGUGUGUCCUGCGUGUGAUUCCACGUUACCUCUACACUCAACCCUGACAUAAUUACACACCAUUACAAUGGAAUCAGCAGGAGCAACCGCACCCACGGAGAUCAUCGAGGAGCGGCUUCGUGGACAGGAGGACAGGAUUAACCAAAUCGGGCACGCUCUGGACAGAGUGAUGAACACCCUCCAUCGAUGGGAGACCAGCGGGGUACCCACACCCCCACCUACCACACCAUCACCAUCGGUCAGCCCGCCUGUCCAACUUCCGGAACCCAGUGGGAUUCGGCUCUCGCUCCCGAGGGCGUACGACGGCACCGCUGCCGGGUGUCAGGGGUUCCUGUUGCAAGUUGAACUCUACCUCGCCACCGUACACCCGGCGCCCUCGGGACACGAGAGCGUUUCCGCCCUCAUCUCCUGUCUCACCGGCAAGGCGUUGGAGUGGGCCAACGCCGAAUGGAGGAGAAUAGACGCCGCAACUAUCACCUAUGCGGAGUUCUCCCGCCGCUUCCGUGCAGUGUUUGACCAUCCACCGGAGGGGAAGGUGGCGGGGGAGCGUCUAUUCUACCUCCGGCAGGGGAUGAGGAGCGCUCAGGAGUUUGCACUGGAGUUCCGGACUCUAGCGGCAGAUGCAGGGUGGAAUGAGCGGGCUCUCAUAGAUCACUUCCGCUGCAGCCUCCGGGAGGACGUCCGCAGAGAGUUGGCGUGCAGGGAUACCACGCUUUCAUUUGACCAAUUGGUUGACAUGGCCAUUCGGCUGGACACCCUGCUCGCCGCCCGCGGGCGUCCCGGGUGGGGGUCACCCAUUCCACCCUCCAGCACCUCUGAGCCGAGCCCUAUGGAGCUCGGAGGUGCUGGCGCUAGAGAACGGAGGAGAAGGAGCCCGAGAGGGGCCGUCCCCUGCACCAACUGUGGCCGUGGAGGGCACACCGCGGCUAGGUGCUGGGGAGGGUCUCCUGGUGGAAGAGAAGGCAGGCCACACAUUGGGGAGUCCUCCCAGGUGAGUAGGCGCCCCACUUAUCCAGAGCUUUCUGUCGUACACAUAACCAUACCUGUUUGUUUUCCACAGGUUGCACCUCGUUCCCAGCAUAAGGCGCUAGUAGAUUCAGGCGCAGCUGGGAAUUUUGUAGAUCGCAAAUUCUGUGUAGAGUUAGGGAUCCCUCUCCUUCCGGUAAAUAAUACAUGCCCUAGAUAGCCGUCCGUUAGGAUCCGGGUUGAUUAGGGAGGUCACAGUGCCACUUAGGAUGGAGACGCAGGGGGGUCAUGAGGAGACGAUUCAGCUCUAUCUGAUCGACUCUCCUGCGUAUCCGGUGGUGCUGGGGCUUCCCUGGUUGAUUACACAUGAUCCUACUAUUUCGUGGCGAGAGAGGGCUCUUAAGGGGUGGUCUGCCCAGUGUGAGGGGCUAUGUCUGGGUGUUUCCGUAGGGGCGACCUCGGUGGAGAGUCCGAACCAAAUGCCCGCACUGCACAUCCCCCCCGAGUAUGAGGAUUUGGCACUCGUGUUUAGCAAGACGAGAACGGCGCGGUUGCCGCCUCAUAGACAGGGGGAUUGUGCGAUAGACCUCCAGGCAGGAUCUGCGCUCCCGCGGAGCCAUGUGUAUCCUUUGUCACAAGAGGAGAAGAGGGCGAUGGAGACAUACAUUGCCAAGUCUCUGAGACAGGGAUACAUACGGCCUCCACUUCACCCGCGUCCUCGAGCUUCUUUUUUGUGAAGAAAAAGGAUGGAGGUUUGCGCCUGUGUAUUGAUUACCGCGGUCUCAAUCAGAUUACUGUGAAAUAUAGUUAUCCACUCCCUCUGAUUGCGACUAUGACUGAAUUACACGGGGCACGGUUCUUCACAAAAUUGGACCUCAGGAGCGCAUAUAACUUGGUGCGCAUUAGAGAGGGCGAUGAAUGGAAGACAGCAUUUAGUACUACCUCCGGUCAUUACGAGUAUCUCGUCAUGCCAUACGGGUUAAUGAAUGCUCCAUCAGUCUUCCAAUCCUUUGUAGAUGAGAUUUUCCGGGACAUGCAGGGGCAGGGAGUAGUCGUGUACAUAGACGAUAUUCUGGUGUACAGUUCUACCCGAGCCGAGCAUGUAGCCCUGGUGCGCCGAGUAUUGAGGAGGCUGUUGGAGCAUGACCUGUAUGUCAAGGCAGAGAAAUGUCUGUUCUUCCAGGAGUCGGUCUCCUUUUUGGGUUAUCAGUUGUCUGCGUCAGGGGUGAAGAUGGAGGUUGACCGUGUGUCAGCCGUGCGUAAUUGGCAAACCCCAACCACGGUUAAAGAGGUGCAGCAGUUCUUGGGUUUUGCGAAUUACUACCGGAGGUUUAUCCGGGGUUUCGGACAGGUGGCAGCUCCCAUAACGUCCCUUCUGAAGGGGGGUCCGGUGCGCUUGCGGUGGUCAGCUGAGGCGGACAGGGCUUUUGGGAGACUGAAGGACCUGUUUACCUCAGCUCCGGUGCUGGCGCACCCGGAUCCCGCUUUACCAUUCCAAGUGGAGGUGGACGCGUCUGAAGCCGGUAUCGGGGCCGUUCUCUCACAACGGUCCGGCCCACCACCUAAACUCCGCCCCUGUGCUUUUUAUUUGAAAAAGCUCAGUCCGGCGGAGCGUAAUUAUGACGUAGGGGACAGGGAGCUGUUAGCCGUGGUACAAGCCCUAAAGGUGUGGAGGCAUUGGCUUGAGGGGGCUCAACACCCUUUUCUCAUUUUGACUGACCACCGUAACCUGGAAUACAUUCGGGCAGCUAGGAGACUGAAUCCUCGCCAGGCUCGGUGGACUAUGUUUCUAGCCCGGUUCGUGUUUAAGAUCACUUACAUCCCUGGGUCCCAGAACGGGAAGGCAGAUGCCCUGUCUCGGCGGUAUGACACGGAGGAGAGGUCCGUUGAGCCCACUCCCAUACUACCUAAGUCUUGUCUGGUUGCACCGGUGGUAUGGGAGGUCGAUACAGAGAUCGAGCGGGCGUUACGCACCGACCCUAGUCCUCCACAGUGUCCGGUGGGUCGGACGUACGUCCCGCUCGAGGUCCGGGAUCGACUCAUUUAUUGGGCUCACACGUCACCCUCCUCUGGGCAUCCAGGUAUUGGCCGGACAGGGCACUGCCUUAGCACAAAGUACUGGUGGCCAACGUUAGCCAGGGAUGUGAGGAUUUAUGUCUCCUCCUGCUCGGUGUGUGCCCAGUGUAAGGCGCCCAGAUACUUGCCCAGGGGCAAAGUUACAACCCCUGCCCGUUCCACAAUGACCCUGGUCUCAUGGAUUUUGUUACAGACCUUCCCCCCUCACAGGGGAAUACCACCAUCCUGGUCGUUGUGGAUCGGUUCUCGAAGGCCUGUCGUCUCCUUCCCAUGCCAGGUCUUCCUACUGCCCUACAGACCGCUGAGGCUCUAUUUACCCACGUCUUCCGGCAUUACGGGGUACCCGAGGAUAUAGUGUCUGAUCGAGGCCCCCAGUUUACCUCCAGAGUCUGGAGAGCGUUUAUGGAACGGUUGGGGGUUUCGGUGAGCCUUACCUCGGGUUACCACCCGGAGAGUAAUGGGCAGGUCGAACGUGUCAACCAGGAUGUGGGUAGGUUUCUGAGGUCGUAUUGCCAGGGCCGGCCGGAGGAGUUGGCGAGAUAUGUUCCCUGGGCCGAGAUGGCACAGAACUCUCUCCGCCACUCCUCCACUAAACUAACCCCUUUCCAGUGUGUGUUAGGGUACUAGCCGGUUCUGGCACCUUGGCAUGAGAGCCAGAUCGAGGCCCCUGCGGUGGAUGAGUGGGUGCGGCGCUCGGAGGAGACGUGGAACGCUGCACAUCCAUCUGCAGCGAGCCAUCCGUCGACAUAAGACGAGCGCCGAUCUCCACCGCAGUGAGGGGCCAGUGUACGCACCUGGAGAUCGAGUCUGGCUCUCGACCAGAAACUUGCCCCUCCGCCUGCCCUGCCGGAAGCUGGGUCGGCGGUUUGUGGGGCCUUUUAAAGUCCUGAGGAGAUUGAACGAGGUGUGUUACAGGUUACAACUGCCCAUUGAUUACAAGAAUAUUAACCCCUCGUUCCAUGUGUCUCUCCUCAGGCCGGUGGUAGCUGGUCCACUCCAGGCCUAUGAGAUAGAAGAGACUCCUCCGCCCCCGUUGGACAUCGAGGGGGCUCCGGCGUACACUGUUCGGUCCAUCCUAGAUUCGAGAUGCCGGAUGGGGGGUCUCCAAUAUCUCGUGGAGUGGGAGGGGUACGGCCCGGAGGAGCGGUGCUGGGUGCCGAGGAGGGACAUCCUAGACCCGUCUCUUCUGACCGAGUUCCAUCGUGGUCAUCCCACGCGCCCUGCUCCGCGUCUUCCUGGUCGUCCCCGAGGCCGGGGUCAGCGGGGGGUACUGUCACGGUUUCGGCCAAGACUGCUCCUUCUCCUAGUUCGGGCAGGCUUCGGCGGUCGUCGUCUCCGGAGUACUAGCUGCCACCGUUCUAUGUUUCUAUGUUUGAUUGGUUUUGUCUGUUUGUUACACCUGUUCCUUGUUAGUGUUCAUUAUGCAUCCUAUUUAGUUCUCUUGAGUUUGGUCAGGUGUUGUGUGUAAUUGUUCGAUGUCACGUGUUGUGUUAGUUCGUUGUUCUGUUCUCUCUGUAUCGUCUUGUUAGAGAGAGUCCCGCACUUUGUGCGCAUUUGUUUUGUACUUACCAUUGUGCGUAAAGUUCGCCUGUGGCCUGUUGCCGUGGUUGGCUUGUUUCUUGGACUUCACUAAAGACAUCUGUUUCGAACCUCUGUGUGUCCUGCGUGUGAUUCCACGUUACCUCUACGCUCAACCCUGACAACCCCCUGAUAAAAUAUAGGUUCAAUACAUUUUUUUAGAAAUCAGGAAUGAGCAGGGGCAGUUAUACCAUAAGGACGGACCCCUUAUUCAUGUCUUCAUUACAUGUAGUGCACAUGUGACAAACUCAUUCCACGGAGGGCCGAGUGUCUGCGUGUUUUUGCUCCUCCCUUGUACUUGAUUUAUGAAUUAAGGUCACUAAUUAGUAAAGAACUCCCCUCAUCUGGUGCUCUAGGUCUUAAUUGAAAGAAAAACCUAUGGUCACAACCAUAAACUGUCAACUCCAGCUGCCUGAUAGAUUAUGAUAGAAUAUGAAUUUUGGUUAAAAUACUAUAUGUUACAUUUAAUUAGGUUUUGGAGUCAUAAAACAACUGAGGAAAAACCUAAUUGCUACUAUCUAUACCACUUGAAUGAAGAAGAAAAAUUACAUUUUUGUCAACUCCGUAAAACAUAAACUCUGUCAGAUUUUUGUCUAACGUCAACUCCGUCAUUGCUGAAAGAUCUGAUAGAAUGGUUAUGUUUUUGUUGUGGAUUUCCUCAUGAAUAAUUUUACAUAUUUUACAAAUGUUUGUAUUGAACUGACAAGGGCUGAUGUGGAUGUGGUGUUGGAGUCAGGCGCAGGACACAUAAGCUUAGUCCAACAGACUUUACUUGUCAAACACGACAAAUACAAAAUAACGGGCCUCAACAAAACGGAGGCGAGCGAUUACGCAUACAGUGCGUCAAUACACAAAUACAAGAGAUCACGCAAAAUACAGUGCGUAAAAACACGAGAGAAAACUCACAUCACCAACGGACAGGCGGACAACGACACACAACUACAAACAAAACCAAAGGAAACUUAUUGGUGACAUAAUCAAGACGUGAUAAGGAACAGGUGCACUAAACAGACAAAACCAAACAAACAUAGAUAACGUCAAACGGUGGCAGCUAGUACUCCGGGGACGACGAACGCCGAAGCCUGCCCGAACAAGGAGGAGGAGCAGCCUCGGCGGAAUUCGUGACAUGAACUUUUAUUUUUAGAGGCAAAAAUAUGUCUUGUCAACUUCGUCGUUGAUGGCCCUUAAGAAUAAUAAAAUGGCAAUAUUGUGAACAAAUACUUAAACCAAUGUUCUGCAACAUAUGCUUAAACAAUUUAAGUAUUUGCUGUGCCAGACCUAAGGGAUAAUGUUUGCUUUAUAAACGUUGUUUUAUGUUUUAAAUCUAGAAAAGCAUGCCAAAAUUCUAAAGACCUUGCAGGGGGCCUUGCAAAACUGUGCUACGCCACUGGUUGUAGUUCCAUUUUUCUUAGGCAAGUAUGGAGGCGUCAGAUCAGACACAGGCCUAUUUGUUGGACAUUUAAUUAUUAAUUUAAAUGUAACUUAAAUAAAAAAUGCACUUCUAUAUCAUCAUUGCCCAGAAGCCAUGCAUUCCCAUUCCCAUGAGUAACAGACAGCUAAAUGUCACGCCCUGGCUCUGGGGACUCUCGUAUGUUGAGCCAGGGUGUGAGUUUCUAGUUUUUGUAUUUCUAUGUUGGCCAGGGUGGCUCCCAAUCAGAGACGGCUGAAGCUCGUUGUCUCUGAUUGGGAGCCAUACUUAGGUAGCCGUAAGGCAUUCGUUUGGUGUGGUUUCUUGUUCCUUUUGGUUUGUGUUUGUACCGUAGGACUUCACGUAUCGUUUGUUGUUUUGUUCGCUGUGGUGUACUAAAUAAAAUAUGUACGCAUCUCACGCUGCGCCUUGGCCCGCAUCUUUUCAAGACGAUCGUGACAGAAGAAACCAACACGACUGGGUCAAGCAGCGUGAUGAGGAGAGAGGUUGGACGUGGGAGCAGAUGAGCGAGAGUCUGGCGAGAGCCAUGGAGGCCGGGUCCACGGGGGAGAGAGACGCCCAGAAUUUUUUUAGGGGGGGGGUUCACGCCGUGGACGACGAGGCAGCGGGAGGCCGCAAUAGAGCGGUUAGCAGAGGAGGCCGCCAGGUUUACGGGGGCCACUGGUCACCAGGGGGAAGGAGAGUGUUGAGGUGAGAGGUACUGGGGUGUGUUGCCAGUCCGGUCCGGCCCGUUCCUGAUCCCCGCGUAGGGCCAGUGGUGUGUGUUCCCAGCCCGGUCCGGCUUGUUCCUGUCCCUCGCACCGAGCCUGUGAUGCGCGUCGCCAGCCCGGUCCGGCCUGUUCCUGCUCCCCGCACCAAGCCUAUGGUGCGCGUCGCCAGCCCGGCCCGGCCUGCUCCUGCUACCCGCACCAAGCCUAUGGUGCACGUCGCCAGCCCGGCCCGGCCUGUUCCUGCUCCCCGCACCAAGCCAAUGGUGCGCGUCGCCAGCCCGGCCCGGCCUGUUCCUGCUCCCCGCACCAAGCCAAUGGUGCGCGUCGCCAGCCCGGUUCGGCCCGUCCUUGCUCCCCGCACCAAGCUAAUGGUGCGCGUCGUCAGCCCGGUCCGGCCUGUCCCUGCUCCCCGCACCAAGCCUGUGGUGCGCGUCGUCAGUCCGGUACAGCCCGUGCCUGUUCCACCGGUGUCUGGUCCGGCACCGGUCAGCUGCUCCACUCCGGAGCUAGAGCAAUCCGCUCCACCAGUAUUCAGUCCAGCUCCGGCCAGCAGGGCCAGACCGGACCAGGGGCGCUUUGGGGGGUUAGAGAGGGAGUGGGGGUCAUGCCCGGAGCCGGAUCCGCCGCCGAGGCGGAGGGCCCACCCGGUCCCUCCCCUGUUGUGUUUGGUUGGCGCGGUCGGAGUCCGCGCCUUUGGGGGGGGGUACUGUCACGCCCUGGCUCUGGGGACUCUCGUAUGUUGAGCCAGGGUGUGAGUUUCUAGAUUUUGUAUUUCUAUGUUGGCCAGGGUGGCUCCCAAUCAGAGACGGCUGAAGCUCGUUGUCUCUGAUUGGGAGCCAUACUUAGGUAGCCGUAAGGCAUUUGUUUGGUGUGGUUUCUUGUUCCUUUUGGUUUGUGUUUGUACCGUAGGACUUCACGUAUCGUUUGUUGUUUUGUUCGCUGUGGUGUACUAAAUAAAAUAUGUACGCAUCUCACGCUGCGCCUUGGCCCGCAUCUUUUCAAGACGAUCGUGACACUAAAUAGUUAAGUUAUUCAAAUAUGUAACCCCUACAAAGUAAAGUGCCUUCAGAAAGUAUACACACCCCUUGACUUUUUCAAAAUGUUGCUGUGUUACAGCCUGAAUUUAAAAUUACAUUGAGAUUUUGUGUCAAUAGCCUACACACAAUACCCCAUAAUGUCAAAGUGGAAUUAUGUUUUUAGAAAUAUUUUUACAAAUUAAUACAAAAUGAAAAGCUGAGUCAAUAAGUAUUCAACCCCUUUGUUAUGGCAAGCCUAAAUACGUUCAGGAGUAAAAAUUGCAUAACAAGUCACAUAAUAAGUUGCAUGGACUCACUCUAUGUGCAAUAAUAGUGUUUAAGAGGAUUUUUGAAUGACUACCUCAUCUCUGUACCCCACACAUACAAUUAUCUCUAAGGUCCCUGAGUAGAGCAGUGAAUUUCAAACACAGAUUCACCCACAAAGACCAGGGAGGUUUUCCAAUGCCUCGCAAAGGGCACCUAUUGGUAGAUGGGUUAAAAUAAAAGCAUACAUCGAAUAUCACUUUGAGCAUGGUGAAGUUAUUAAUUAAACUUUGGAUGGGGUAACUAACUCAGUUGCCGGAGGGGAAGGAAACCGCUCAGAGAUUUCACCAUGAGGCCAAUGAUGACUUUAAAACAGUUAGAGUUUAAUGGCUGUGAUAGGAGAAAACUGAGGGUGGAUUAACAGCAUUGUAGUUACUCCACAAUACUAACCUAAAUGACAGACUGAAAAGAAGGAAGCCUGUACAGAAUAAAAAAUAUUCCAAAACAUGCAUGCUGUUUGCAAUAAGGCACUUAAGUAAAACUGCAAAGAAAUUGGCAAAACUUUAUGUCCUGAAUACAAAGCGUUAUGUUUGGGGGAAAUCCAACACGACACAUCACUGAGUACCACUCUUCAUAUUUUCAAGCAUUGUGGUGGCUGCAUCAUGUUAUGGGUAUGCUUGUCGUUGGCAAGGACUAGGGAGUUUUUAGGAUAAAAAGAAACAGAAUGGAGCUAAACAUAGUCAAAAUCUUAGAGGAAAACCUAGUUAGUCUGCUUUCUAACAGACACUGGGAGACAAAUUCACCUUUCAGCAGGACAAUAACCUAAAACACAGGUGUGCAAAGCUUACCCAUAAAGACUCACAACUGUAAUCACUGCCAAAGAGGUUUCUAACAUGUAUUGACUCAGGGAUGUGAAUACUUAUGUAAAUUAGAUAUUUCUGUAUAUCAUUUUCAAUGAAUGUGCAAACAUUUCUAAAAACCUGUUUUCACUUUGUCAUUAUGGGGUAUUGUGUGUAGAUGGGUGAGAAAAAAUAUAUAUUUAAUCCCUUUUGAAUUCAGGCUGUAACACAACAAAAUGCAGGAAAGGGAAGGGGUCUGAAUACUUUCCGAAUGCACUGUAAGUCAAGGGUAUGAAUACUUUCUGAAGGCACUAUAUAUAACCCCUGUGUGUUUUUGUGUGAUGUGAUCAAUGUAUUGUAAAUGCCUUUUUGAUGGGAAACAAAGUCCCCCGGGGGGAUUCAAUUCAAUUAGUACAAUUAACUGAAUCAUUGCCAGAGACAUGAUACCCCCUUUACAGAGUGGUUUUUGUCUUUAGGGAUAGCGUUCCAGUCCCAUCACCAAGAGCAGCGCUGAUCCAGAGCCUAACGUCCCAGAGUGCAGAGUUUGUGAUGGAGGAGCACGUGCAACUCAGCACUGGACUGCAGACCCAGGAGAGACACUUGUUCCUCUUCAGUGACACACUCAUCAUCGCUAAAUCAAAGUUAGUCCUCAGCAUCUAAAAAGAAUGCUCUCUUACUGAACAAGAUGAAUAGGAAUAGAUGAGAACUAACAAUGACAUAUUAGAAGUUGCAUUUUGUCCAUUAGGUAAAUUGUGCAGAUUUAUUUUAGGACGAGGGGCACUUUAACAAAAUGAAAAUAUGAAGUGGAAUUGAUGAGUCAAUUACUGUUGUAUUUGUCCUGAUAGAUAAAGUGAGGGAAAAAAGUAUUUGAUCCCCUGCUGAUUUUGUACGUUUGCCCACUGACAAAGAAAUGAUCAGUCUAUAAUUUUAAUGGUAGGUUUAUUUGAACAGUGAGAGACAGAAUAACAAACAAAAAAUCCAGAAAAACGCAUGUCAAAAAUGUUAUUAAUUUAUUUGCAUUUUAAUGAGGGAAAUAAGUAUUUGACCCCUCUGCAAAACAUGACUUAGUACUUGGUGGCAAAACCCUUGUUGGCAAUCACAGAGGUCAGACGUUUCUUGUAGUUGGCCACCAGGUUUGCAGACAUCUCAGGAGGGAUUUUGUCCCACUCCAUUUUGCAGAUCUUCUCCAAGUCAUUAAGGUUUCGAGGCUGAUGUUUGGCAACUCGAACCUUCAGCUCCCUCCACAUAUUUUCUAUGGGAUUAAGGUCUGGAGACUGGCUAGGCCACUCCAGGACCUUAAUGUGCCUCUUCUUGGGCCACUCCUUUGUUGCCUUGGCCGUGUGUUUUGGGUCAUUGUCAUGCUGGAAUACCCAUCCACGGCCUAUUUUCAAUGCCCUGGCUGAGGGAAGGUUCUCACCCAAGAUUUGACGGUACAUGGCCCCGUCCAUCGUCCCUUUGAUGCGGUGAAGUUGUCCUGUCCCCUUAGCAGAAAAACACCCCCAAAGCAUAAUGUUUCCACCUCCAUGUUUGACGGAGGGGAUGGUGUUCUUGGGGUCAUAGGCAUCAUUCCUCCUCCUCCAAACACGGCGAGUUGAGUUGAUGCCAAAGAGCUCGAUUCUGGUCUCAUCUGACCACAACACUUUCACCCAGUUCUCCUCUGAAUCAUUCAGAUGUUCAUUGGCAAACUUCAGACGGGCAUGUAUAUGUGCUUUCUUGAGCAGGGGGACCUUGCGGGCGCUGCAGGAUUUCAGUCCUUCACGGCGUAGUGUGUUACCAAUUGUUUUCUUGGUGACUAUGGUCGCAGCUGCCUUGAGAUCAUUGACAAGAUCCUCCCGUGUAGUUCUGGGCUGAUUCCUCACCGUUCUCAUGAUCAAUUCAACUCCACGAGGUGAGAUCUUGCAUGGAGCCCCAGGCCGAGGGAGAUUGACUGUACUUUUGUGUUUCUUCCAUUUGCGAAUAGUCGCACCAACUGUUGUCACCUUCUCACCAAGCUGCUUGGCGAUGGUCUUGUAGCCCAUUCCAACCGUGUGUAGUUCUACAAUCUUGUCCCUGACAUCCUUGGAGAGCUCUUUGCUCUUGGCCAUGGUGGAGAGUUUGGAAUCUGAUUGACUGAUUGCUUCUGUGGACAGGUGUCUUUUAUACAGGUAACAAAAUGAGAUUAGGAGCACUCCCUUUAAGAGUGUGCUCCUAAUCUCAGCUCGUUACCAGUAUAAAAGACACCUGGGAGCCAAAAAUCUUUCUGAUUGAGAGGGGAUCAAAUACUUAUUUCCCUCAUUAAAAUGCAAAUCAAUUUAUAAAAUGUUUGACAUGCGUUUUUCUGGAUUUUUUUGUUGUUAUUCUGUCUCUCACUGUUCAAAUAAACCUACCAUUAAAAUUAUAGACUGAUAAUUUAUUUGUCAGUGGGCAAACGUACAAAAUCAGCAGGGGAUCAAAUACUUUUUUCCCUCACUGUAGCUGAUAUUGUUGUAUUUACCCUGUUGUCUUGUAGGUCUUCCACAAGCCGCAAACGGAAGGAGAGAGUGAGGCUGUGUGAGAUGUGGUUGGCUUCCUGCAUGGAAGAGGUUGCAGAGAGAAAACUGUGCUCAAAGAACUCCUUUGUCAUUGGCUGGCCUACCAUCAAUUACGUGGUAACUCUCAGGUAGGCUACGCCAAUCUAGUCAUUUUUGGUUAGUACUUGACAUUUAAUUAAAUUCCUAUUUUGGGGGAAAUAAAGAUGACAUUUGUUUUCCCUAUCAGUUCAUCGGAGGCAAAGGAGAAGUUGCUUUCCACUUUACAAUGGUAAGGAAAUACUCAGAUGUACAAUAUAGAAAAUGACUUCUGAAAUUAAAUGUCUAGGAUUAUGUACUGUACCUAUCUGAUGCAGGCAUAUUAGCACUAAUAUAAGCCACAUGUGCUAUUUGGCACAGGCACAUCACCAAAUCCAAGGAAGUGGAAUAUCUCAGUAAUCUCACCAUGAAGGUUGUUCUCAUGGACAUUGGAAAUACUGCAAUGGUAAGGAAAUUCACUCAUCUACAACUACUGCUACUUCUCUGAUGCUUAUUGAUUAUUUUCCCCAAAUGUUCACAUUCUAAAUGAAAUACGAUUAAAUGUAUGACUAUUUCUAGUUAACAUAACAUUUAUUCAAGUAACAUCAGACAAUCUUUUCCAAUUCUAUAAGAUUAUUUGUGUUUUAAUCUAGACGACUGUGAAUGUGGACAAUAAAUACGACGUUGACAAAGUCAUCAGGAUCCUCACCCAACAAUUUAGACUCACUGUGAGUUGUUGCCACCAAUUUCUGUAUUCAUUAUGUCUUUGUUCUUGUCAUGCCCUGGCUCUGGGGACUCUAGUAUGUUGAGCCAGGGUGUGAGUUUUCAUUUGUUUUUGUUCUAGUUUUCUAUUUCUAUGUUGGCCAGUGUGGUUCUCAAUCAGAGGCAACGUGUAUCAGCUGUUGCUUGUUGUCUCUGAUUGGGAACCAUACUUAAGCUGACAGUUUUCCCACAGUGUUUGUGGGAUCUUGUUCCAGUGUGGUUUGUGUUAGACCGUGGACGUCACGUUAUCGGUUGUUGUUUUUGUUCGUGUAAUCACUAAUAAAAGAGUAUGUUCGCCUUCAACGCUGCGCCUUGGUCCUCUGUUCCCGACGAUCGUGACAGUUCUAUUAUUAGAAUUAAUCCAAAUAUUUUCUGUAUGGAUUUUCUGUUUGGAUUAUGUAUGGACAAAUGUUUUACUAUAAUUAUAGAAUAAUAUAUAAUUAUUAUUAUUAACAUUAUUAAAGUUGAAGAUAUUCAUGCAUGAUCUAGACUCAAGCUCUCCAAGCUCUGCAAUGUUACACCUGUUGUAAAUCAUUUGUUUUGCUUUUUUAAGGUUUACUCUUUAGAAUUUAGAUCAUAUUCCACUACCACAAGCCUACAUUUUUACUCAUAGAUCUCUAGAGAAGACAGGAAGAGUAUCAGGAGAGGAACACAAGGAUCAUUGACAACAUUUUAUGCUUUCCAAUGGCAUUUCCUGUCUCUGAUCAUGCCUGGGCUUAUAGAUAUCUCUGUGUUUCCUUUCUUCAUCCUAAACAUAAUUGUUCUACUCCCACAGGGCAGACCCACUGACUACCGCCUCUGGGUAGUCUCAGGGAGAGAGGAAGCCCCAUAUCCUCUUAUCGGUGAGGAAAUGUGACAGUACUAUCACUAUGCACUGAAACACGCCUCCAGAAACAGUCAGGAUGGAGGCACACUCGGCUUGGCUUGGGUUUUAGACCAUAGUUUCUGUCUAGUCAAAGGAUUACCCGAAUCAAUAUUUCAGUCGGGCAGAUUUUCUGUCUGUACUCAUCCUAGUGUGUUCACAUGGAGGGUUUGUGACUUGAAACUGUAAUUUGGCGACAUGGCUACAGAAGCCUCUCACAAAGCCAAGGUAUAGAAUCCUGGGGAUCGGAAGAGAGAUUCAUGGGGGCCUUUGUGUGUCUGGAAUUAAUGUCUCAUACGAUCGCAUGCUAUUCUGUCUAAAGUCAAUACUGGUAGAAAAAUAUAUAAUUUAGUCAAUGUCCAUUUUAGCAGACGCUCUUAUCCAGAGCGACUUACAGUAGUGAGUGUAUACAUUUUCAUACUUUUUUUCAUACUGGUCCCCUGUGGGAAUCGAACCCACAACCCUGGCGUUGCAAGCACCAUGCUCUACCAACUGAGAUACACUGGACUACAUUUAAAUCAGCAACAACAAAAUGUACCCUGGGAAAUGUAGGUGAUUUCAGUUUGAAAGAAAAUAGCUUAGGACUGGUAAGACUACAACCAUUUUUAUCUAACAUUUGCUUUGUCUUUAAGCCCAUGUAAUUAUAAGGAGCUCGUGAUUCAUCAUGUAUCUAGCAUCAUUUAAUCACUCCUUUCAAUUUUCGACUCUUUGCCCUUUUACUCCUUCCCACUCCUUUCGAUUUUGGGGUAUAUUUGAACAGAUGGUAAACUAAUGACAGAUUACCAGGAAAAAUCAAAUUAUAAUGUGUCACAGGGCAGUAUAGGCCGGAUUCAGUCCUACUGUGACAGCGGUAUGUACGUGUACCAGGAGCAGCAGCACUAACCACUUGACCAUUCAUUCAGAAUGGUAGCAGCAGUGAGUGAAUGCAUUCUCCAAUUCUAUACAAAAACCUGAUCUGAUCUACAUGUGUCGUGUCUGACAGGUCAUGAGCAUCCCUUCAGUAUUAUCCUGAACUCCUUGAGGGAAACGGACCGCCAAGCGUCGGCAGUCACCAACAACAUUCUGACUGUAGAUGGGAGCCUCUACCUUGAUCAACUUCUCAAAGACACUUCCGGCCCUCGCUUCAUCCUCAGGCUAAAGGCUGAAGGGGGAGGACAUGGCCGAGCAGGUGAAUCAUUCAUUAACUUUCACUAAGAGAGAGAGAGAGAGAGAUAUGCUGCCAUGUAUUGAUUUGUGUAUAUAUAUAUAUAUAUAUAUAUAUAUAUAACUUCCACCGAUAUACACCACAGGGGUAGACAAUGUCAUUUUCUUUAGUGCAUGUUGUUGAACGUUUUCUACUUUCUACACAUCAAUUAUCUAGCCCUCUUUACGGAAGCGGUUUAUCUAUAAUGGAGAUAGUAAAUAACUUCCUGUCACGCUAGCACAUGUAGUUCUACAGAUGUUAUCGGAAUCUCCUUCCUGUAGUUAGAAUAAUUACAGUGUUCUAAAUGUUCCAUUGCUUGUUGGAGGUAUAGCAUACUGUCUCUCUGUCAUAGCAUAAAAUUGUGAAAAAAUAUUAUAGCAAUUAUUUUAUAAUUGUCCUUUUUGCUGCUCUUUUAAUGCAUAAUGUAUUCUCAAAUGCCAAUUUAAUUGUUUUGCACAGUCAUUUCUAUGCAUCAAUGCGAAAAGUAUAUCUGAAAAACCAUGCAUGGUGAUUUCUCUGCAUGAUGCCUUAUUAAGGGUGUUUUCAGCAGCUGUCUUGUAAUGCCAAAGUUUUCUACUAAACAAUUUAUGGCAAGACUCAUGUAUCUAACUUUUUCCACCAGCGCUCACAUCCCUGGCUUCUCAUGUAUGCCUUUGUGGCUGUAUUGUCCCUGUCUGUGUCUGCACACUUAGAAAACAAGGUUCUUCAAUAGUUAUUUGGUAAGGGUGAUGGUUCUAUGUGCAACCAUAAUGACUCUUUAAGUGAUAAUUUAGCUGUGCGACCUGGAGUUUAAUUUUGGGAGCACUAGUGAAGAAGCAAAACCACUCUUCUCUACACUGCUCAAAGAAGACAGGCGUUCAUGCAUCUGCAGGAACCCCUCUUUAUACUUCUAUCGUAAAUGUUUUAUUUAGGACAGGCGGGAGGCAGGGGCACUCCAGUAGAGUAGGUGCCAUUAAUGCACAAUAACGUUGGAUCCCAGUUGCCGAUAAACCCCACAGAAGAAGGGGCGGGGGCGACAACGAUAGCUAGCUACCCGUCCAUCCAACCACCAGUAGACCGUGUCCUUCGCCCCCUCCUGUCGGGCAAUGUUUUCCCACAGUUCUGUUAACAAUGGCGAGCCAGGUGUUCGGCAGGUGGGAAUAUUUUUUAUUUAUUUCCCUUUUGAACAACAUUCAAAAGUGUCAAACAAGCAUGAAGAUGUCUUGCUCUCAGCAUGCUGUCAAUUAAUUCAUAUAUAUUUUUUAAAAACAAUGCUGCUUUCCACGUUGCUUCUAAAUCCACGUUUUCUCUAUUAUAACUAUUAGUUUAUGUAUCUUGCUCUCUGCAGUGUUUUGAUCAUAUAUAGCAAGUCAAAAUGCAUUUUUUCGAUUUUUUUCUCCAUAUCAUGCAGCCCUACUAACAACCUGGUAACUUUACCAGUAUAUGCAACCAUUUGGUGGCACAGAAAGGAAAUGUGAUAUCUUCUUCAGGAGAUGUGCUUCGAAAGUAAGUAGGAUUCAUAUAGGCCCAAUGUAAGCUAUAUCUUAAUCAAUUAAAACAAAUAUACAUACAUACAUAUACAGGUAAAAGUCAGUAAAUUAGAAUAUUUUGAAAAACUUGAUUUAUUUCAGUAAUUGCAUUCAAAAGGUGUAACUUGUACAUUAUAUUUAUUCAUUGCACACAGACUGAUGCAUUCAAAUGUUUAUUUCAUUUAAUUUUGAUGAUUUGAAGUGGCAACAAAUGAAAAUCCAAAAUUCCGUGUGUCACAAAAUUAGAAUAUUGUGUAAGGGUUACAUUUUGAAGACACCUGGUGCCACAAAAUAAUCAGCUGAUUAACUCAAAACACCUGCAAAGGGCUUUAAAUGGUCUCUCAGUCCAGUUCUGAAGCCUACACAAACAUGGGGAAGACUUCAGAUUUGACAGCUGUCCAAAAGGCGACCAUCGACACAUUGCACAAGGAGGGAAAGACACAAAAGGUUAUUGCAGAAGAGGCUGGCUGUUCUCAGAGCUCUGUGUCCAAACACAUUAAUAGAGAGGCAAAGGGAAGGAAAAACUGUGGUCAGAAAAAGUGUACAAGCGAUAGGGAUCACCGCGCCCUAGUCAAGAUUGUGAAAAAAAACCCAUUCAAAAAUGUGGGGGAGAUUCACAAGGAGUGGACAGCUGCUGGAGUCAGGGCUUCAAGAUCCACCACCAAGAGACGCUUGAAAGACAUGGGUUUCAACUGCCGCAUACCUCGUGUCAAGCCACUGUUGACCAAGAAACAGCGCGAAAAGCGUCUCACCUGGGCUAAGGAAAAAAAGAGCUGGACUGCUGCUGAGUGGUCUAAAGUCAUGUUUUCUGACGAAAGCAAAUUUUGCAUUUCCUUUGGAAAUCGAGGUCCCAGAGUCUGGAGGAAGACAGGAGAGGCACAGGAUCCACGUUGCCUGAAGUCUAGUGUAAAGUUUCCACCAUCAGUGAUGGUUUGGGGUGCCAUGUCAUCUGCUGGUGUCGGUCCACUCUGUUUCCUGAGAUCCAGGGUCAACGCAGCCGUCUACCAGCAAGUUUUAGAGCACUUCAUGCUUCCUGCUGCUGACCUGCUCUAUGGAGAUGGAGAUUUCAGGUUCCAACAGGACUUGGCGCCUGCACACAGCGCAAAAUCUACCCGUGCCUGGUUUACGGACCAUGGUAUUUCUGUUCUAAAUUGGCCAGCCAACUCCCCUGACCUUAGCCCCAUAGAAAAUCUGUGGGGUAUUGUGAAAAGGAAGAUGCAGAAUGCCAGACCCAACAACGCAGAAGAGUUGAAGGCCACUAUCAGAGCAACCUGGGCUCUCAUAACACCUGAGCAGUGCCAGAAACUCAUCGACUCCAUGCCACGCCGCAUUAAUGCAGUAAUUGAGGCAAAAGGAGCUCCAACCAAGUAUUGAGUAUUGUACAUGCUCAUAUUUUUCAUUUUCAUACUUUUCAGUUGGCCAACAUUUCUAAAAAAUCCCUUUUUUGUAUUAGCCUUAAGUAAUAUUCUAAUUUUGUGACACACGGAAUUUUGGAUUUUCAUUUGUUGCCACUUCAAAUCAUCAAAAUUAAAUGAAAUAAACAUUUGAAUGCAUCAGUCUGUGUGCAAUGAAUAAAUAUAAUGUACAAGUUACACCUUUUGAAUGCAAUUACUGAAAUAAAUCAAGUUUUUCAAAAUAUUCUAAUUUACUGACUUUUACCUGUAUAUAUAUAUAUAUAUAUAUAUAUAUAUAUAUUGUUCUCCUAAAUUUUAUGUGACGUUCCUAACUGUACCAGUGCUACUAAUGAAAUGUUUUAAUUUAGAGCCCUGACAGCGGCUCAUUCGAAAAUCUUGGGGCAUGGUUUGCUCACAGCUCUUUUUGUGCAACCGGGAGUGUCGUUCCAGUUUAUCUAAUCGGUUGUGUAAUGCCAUUAAAAGUUGAAUAUGGCCAGCAAAGGUGUCUUGAUAAAGACUUAAGUUAGGCCAUAUGUCAAUUAAGAACUGUUGUCUAAAUUAGAGGUUCUCAAAUGACAUUUGAUUCGUCACAUUUCGUAAACAACGGGUGUGGACUAACAGUGAAAUGCUUACUUACGGGCUCUUCCCAACAAUGCAGAGAGAACAAAAAUAGACAAAUAAUAAAAAAAUAAAACGUAAUAGAUACACAAUGAAAACCAUAACUUGGCUAUAUACAAGGGGUAUCAGUACAGAAUCGAUGUGCAGGGGUAUGAAGUAAUUGAGGUAGAUAUGGACAUAUAACUAGGAAUAAAGUGACAGAUAGUAAACAGUAGCAGCAGCAAAUGUGAUGAGGCAAAACAGUUAGUACAAAAAGGAUCAAUGCAGAUAGUCCAGGUAGCUAUUUGGUUAACUAUUUAACUAACAAUUUAACAGCCUUAUGGCUUGGGGGUAGAAGCUGUUCAGGGUCCGGUUGGUUCCAGACUUGGUGCAUCGGUACCGCUUGCCGUGCGGUAGUAGAUAGAACAGUCUAUGACUUGGGUGGCUGACGUCUUUGACCAUUUCUAGGGCCUUCCUCUGAUACCCCCUGGUAUAGAGGUCCUGUAUGGCCGGGAGCUCAGCCCCAGUGAUGUAUUGGGCCGUACGCACUACUGUCUGUAAACCCUUGCGGUCGGAUGCCAAACAGUUGCCAUGCCAAGCGGUGAUGCAGCCAGUCAAGAUGCUCUCAAUGGUGCAGCUGUAGAACAUUUUGAGUAUCUGAGGACCAAUGCCAAAUCUUUUCAGCCUCCUGAGGGGAAGAGGCGUUGUCAUGCCCUCUUUACGACUGUGUUGGUGUGUUUGGACCAUGAUAGAUCCUUAGAGGUGUGGACACCGAGGAACUUGAAGCUCUAGACCCGCUCCACUACAGCCCUGUUGAUGUGAAUAGGGGUGUGCACGGCCCUCCAUUUCCUGUGUCCAUGAUCAGUUCCUUUGUCUUGCUGACGUUGAGAGAGAGGUUUUUGUCCUGGCACCACACUGCAAGGUCUCUGACCUGCUUCAUAUAGGCUGUCUCAUCAUCGUCGGUGAUCAGGCCUACCACUGUCGUGUCGUCGGCAAACUUUAUGAUGGUCUUGGAGUCGUGCGCGGCCACGUAGUCGUGGGUGAACAGAGAGUACAGGAGAGGACUAAGCACACUCCCCUGAGGGGCCCCCGUGUUGAUGGUCAGCGUGGCGGAUGUGUUGUUGCCUACCCUAACCACCUUGGGGCGUCCCAUCAGGAAGUCCAGGAUCCAGUUGCAGAGGGAGGUGUUCAGUCCCAGGGUCGUUAGCUUAGUAAUGAGCUUGGAGGGCACUAUGGUGUUGAACGCUGAGCUGUAGUCAAUGAACAGCGUCACUAGGCAGCUCGCAGCUGGGUUUCCCUUUGUAAUCCGUGAUAGUUUGCAAGGCCUGCCACAUUAGUCCUGUAUUGAUGCUUUGCCUGUUUGAUGGGGGUAGCGGGAUUUCUUAUAAGUGUCCGGGUUAGUGUCCCGUUCCUUGAAAGAGGCAGCUCUAACCUUUAGCUAAGUGCGGAUAUUGCCUGUAACUCAUGGCUUGUGAUUGGGAUAUGUACAUAUGGUCACUGUGGGGAUGACGUCGUCGAUGCACUGAUUAAUGAAGCCGGUGACUGAUGUGGUAAACUCCUCAAUGCCAUCAGAUGAGUUCCGGAACAUAUUUCAGUCUGGUCUAGCGAAACAGUCCUGCAGCUUGGUAUCCGCUUCAUCGGACCACUUCCUGUUUGAGUUUUUACUUGUAAGAAGAAAUUAAGAGGAUAGAGUUAUGGUCAUAUUUGCCAAAUGCUUUGUAUACAUCUCUGUGUAGAGUAAAAGUGAUCUAGAGUUUUUUCACCUCUAGUUGCACAGGUGACAUGCUGGUAGAAAUUAGGUAAAACUAAUUUCAGUUUUCCUGCAUUAAAAUCACCAGCCACUAGGAGCACCACCUCUGGAUGAGCAUUUUCUUGUUUACUUAUGGGCCUAUACAGCUCGUUGAGUGUGGUCUUAGUGCCAGCAUCGGUUUGAGGUGGUAAAUAGACAGCUACGAAAAAUAUAGAUGAAAACUCUUAGUAUGGUCUACAGCUUAUCAUGAGGUAUUCUAACUCAGGCGAGCAGAACAUCAAGACUUCCUUAAUAUUAGAGAUUGCGCACCAGCUGUUGUUAACAGAGACACACUCUACCCCCCCAUGAGCUUACCCGACCCUGCUGUUCUGUCCUGCUGAUGCAUAGACAAACCAGCUAGAUGUAUAUUAUCCAUGUCCUUGUUCAGCUAACUUUCAGAGAAACUGUAGGAUAUUACAGUUCUUCAAACCUCUCCUCGGCGACAGCCAGCCAUUCCAUGUAUUUGAUCUAUUCCAGAGCUAGGACACCUGAUUCAACUUGUCAACUAACACAAAAAUAAGAUCUAUGGAAUUUUAAUUUAACAUAAAACAAUAUUAUAUGGCAAAACGUUUUUUGUAGAACCUUUGAGAUUGAGUGGAUCAGGCUGUUGAUUGUGGUCUGUACAAUGUUGUCCCACUCCUCUUCAAUGGCUGUGUGAAGUUGCUGGAUAUUGGUGGGAACUGGAACACACUGUCGUACACGUCGAUCCAGAGCAAUCCCAAACAUGCUCAAUGGGUGACAUGUCUGGUGAGUAUACAGGCCAUGGAAGAACUGGGAAAUUGUGUACAGAUCCUUGCGACAUGGGGCAGUGCAUUAACAUUCUGAAACAUGAGGUGAUGGAGACGGAUGAAAAGGCACGACAAUGGGCCUCAGGAUCUCAUCACGGUAUCUCUGUGCAUUCAAAUUGCCAUCGAUAAAAUGCUAUUGUAUUCAUUGUCUGUAGCUUAUGCCUGACCAUACCAUAACCCCACCGCCACCAUAGGGCACUCUGUUCACAAUGUUGACGUCAGCAAACCGCUUGCCCACACGACUCCAUACACGCUUUCUGCCAUCUGCCCUGUACAGUUGAAACCAGGAUUUCUGACAAUUUGUACAGAAAUUCUUCGGUUGUGCACACCCACAGUUUCAUUAGCUGUCCGGGUGGCUGGUCCCAGACAAUCCCGCAGGUGAAGAAGCCGGAUGUGGAGGUACUGGGCUGGCGUGGUUACACGUGGUCUGCGGUUGUGAGGCCGGUUGGACAUACUGCCAAAUUCUCUAACACGACAUUGGAGGCAGCUUAUGGUAGAGAAAUUAACAUUCAGUUCUCUGGCAACAGCUCUGGUGGAGAUUCCUGCAGUAAGCAUGCCAACUGCACACUCCCUCAAUAUUUUAGACAUCUGUGGCAUUGUGUUGUGUGACAAAACUGCACAUUUUAGAGUGGCCUUUUAUUGACCCCAGCACAAGGUACACCUGUGUAAUGAUCAUGCUGUUUAAUCAGCUUCUUGAUAUGCCACACUUGUCAGGUGGAUGGAUUAUCUUGGCAAAUAAAUGCUCACUAACAGGGAUGUAAACACAUUUGUUGCAAAUUUGAGAGAAAUAAGCUUUUUGUGCAUAUGGACAAUUUCUGGGAUGUUUUAUUUCAGCUCGUGAAACAUGGGACCAACACUUUACAUGUUACGUUUAUAUUUUUGUUCAGUAUAGAAACUUUUGGUAAUGGUUCUCUCUAGAACCUUAGGAAAGGUUACAUUUAGAACCUUAUGAGCAUGGUUCUUUUCAGAAUCUUUAAAAAAGGGAUCUACAGUAUAUACUGUAGCACCAAAUAACCCUUAUUUGGCAUUAUAUAGAACCAUUUUUAAAAGUGUGUGUUCCCCUCUGGGAAUUGCGUUGAUUCGUUACUCAAAAUGACGUUUUAAUCUUUUUUUCUGCGGUGUGGGUUUGGCUGAAAGCAGGUUUGAUUGAAUGUGGAUCAAACAGGCUCUAUGUCUGUCAUUAUCUAGACAACCACAUAUCUGUCAUGCAGAGUUUCAAAAUUUUUUGCUGUUCAUCAUUUCAAACAGAUUCCUCUCAGAAACACAUCAAGAGAAAGAAGUCUCUGAUAGACUGGGCUCUGAGAAGAGGACAUGGCAGCCAAGGAGGUAGAUAUCCUGAAUCCCCCACCACUCCUCACAAGCUCUUUGGUCUUUCAUUGUCCUCUAUCUGUCAUCAUGGAAACCUACCCAGACCCAUCAUGGUGAGUUGUGAAUCCCCUCAAAUAUGAACAAUUAUAAAGUAUUAAUCUCUACUGCUGGGAAACUACUACAUGUCUGGUCCAUUGUCUAUUCUCCAUACAGGACAUGCUGUAUCUGCUGUACCAUGAGGGCCCUACCACUACAGGGAUCUUCCGGCGCUCGGCCAAUGCUAAGACAUGCCGGGAGCUGAAGGAGAGACUGAACUCGGGCAACAGUGUUCAGCUGGAGGGGGAGUCUGUGUUUGUUGCUGCAUCAGUCAUCACUGUAAUUGCUUUCUGAAGUCUCACUUGUGUUUUAGAUUACUUACUAGCCUGCAUUGGAUUUUAAACAGAAAUAUUAUGGCCAGCAGUGAUAGUAACAUGUUAAAAUGGAGGACAAAAAGUUUAAAAGUCACUAUUUUCAUACUGUACUGUAUAGAUUUUGAUUGCUAGGACUUCUAUAUUUGAAUGAACAGGACUUUCUGCGCAACAUCCCUGGCAGUGUGCUCAGUACUGGUCUGUAUGAGAAGUGGAUGGAGGUCAUGGCGGCUGAUGAUAUUGAGGACAAGAUUGAGUUGAUAAAAAGGUGAGAGACACAUACAUCUGUUCAUUUGUUUACCAACAAUAGAUUAGUGGCUAAAAUAAAUGAGUUGUCAUAUGGUCCUUGAUAAACUGAGACAAUUGAGUUAGAGCAGGGAUGAAACAAAAGACUGCACCCUCUAGCUCUCCAGGAAGGUUAGCCACCUCUGAUAUAACGGCUCUGGUUACAAUUAUGUCUUAAUGAGAUUUUCCCGCUUGAAUGAUUGUCCGGUGUCUACCUAUUCUAUGGGAGUUGAAGGCUUCUUCACAACGGCUCUUCAGUUGAUGAAUAGAAAUGGAACAUUUGGGUAAUAGAUAGGAAACAUUUAGGUAAUGCUGAGCCAUACGUGUGAGCAGAAACAGAACAAUAAUGAAAAUUGUAUAACAGAAUAACAUCCGGUUAUGUGUUCUGUCCUGUUCAUAUAACAUUCUUUAGUCUGUCUCUAUCUUUAGUAAAUUCCACUUCUGCGCAGUACAUCCAGUCACUUUACUUGGGGAAGAACACAUCAAUACAUCUCUCUCUUCAUGUUGUUGAAUGUGCUCUAAUGUGCCUAAUGUGUGUUUUUCAACAAUAUUGAGAUAAAAAAGAGAGAUAUUGAAUGACUUUAAAACAGGACAUGAAGUGCUGAGAAGGCUAUUGGAAUUCAAAAACAAGCAAUACAGUUCUGUGUGUUAUUCUAGAUGCACAAAACGAUUGAAUGAAUUUAGCUUAAUUGCAAACCACUGCUCUUCAAUUCUAUUGAGGGCAUUUAACUUCUAUUAAAGAGGGUUCUUUGAUAUGUCCUUUUAUUUCACUUUUUGCCAGUCACAUGUUUCAAGGUUUGAAUCAUUAUGUGCAUCAGCCACUCACAUAUUCCUCUCUACAUUACUAGCCUCAAUUAGCCGUUGGGGUAUUAAUGGUUUUCCAUUUUCUGUCCCCUUCAGGCUAUUGAGCCAGCUUCCAGAGGAUAAUGUUACCUUGCUCCGCUACCUGUUCGCCCUUCUCUACCACAUCCAGGAGCACUCGCAGGAGAACCAGAUGAACGCUUUAAACCUGGCCCUCUGUAUCGCUCCUAACAUGCUGUGGCUGCCUGUGCCCACUGGGCCAGAGGAGGAGAGUCAGUCCACUAAAAAGGUAGAUAUACUUAGGGAUCUCCUGCCCAACAACAAUAGUACCCUAUGGAUAUUUUAUAAGUACCAUAAAUAAUCUUCAAUAAUUAAUGUAUUAAUUUAUUUCUCUGUAUUUCUUACACAGAGAAAUAAAUGAAUUAUUGAAGAUUAUUUAAUAUGCGCUGACCAUCUUUGUCGCUAUGGACUAUGAGAAUCCAGCACCCGACUACUUCUGAAAAAUAAUAUGAGAGUGAGCAUGUUAUCUAUUAUUCUUUUUGAUAAAUAUAGUCAAAGAUAUAAUAUUCUAUUAAGGCUUCAAUGAAACACACAAAUGCAAGAAUACAUCCAUAGUGAAUUGCUGAGUUUAUGUAUUAAUACAAAAUUAAAUGAUUAUGCAGAAUAUACAAUUCAAUGUACACUACCGUUCAAAGGUUUGGGGUCACUUAGAAAUGUCCUUGUUUUCGAAAGAAAAGCAAUUAUUUAGUCCAUUAAAAUAACAUCAAAUUGAUCAGAAAUACAGUGUAGACAUUGUUAAUGUUGUAAAUGGCUAUUGUAGCUGGAAACGGCAGAUUUAUUAUGGAAUAUCUACAUAGGCGUACAGAGGCCCAUUAUCAGCAACCAUCAGUCCUGUGUUCCAAUGGCACGUUGUGUUUGCUAAUCCAAGUUUAUCAUUUUAAAAGGCUAAUUGAUCAUUAGAAUUAUGCCUGCAAUUAUGUGGCCGCAAAACACAAGUCUCAACGUCAACAGUGAAGAGGCGACUCCGGGAUGCUGACCUUCUAGGCAGAGUUGCAAAGAAAAAGCCAUAUCUCAGACUGGCCAAUAAAAAGAAAAGAUUAAGAUGGGCAGUCUGAGAUAUGGCUUUUUCUUUGCAACUCUGCCUAGAAGGUCAGCAUCCCGGAGUCGCCUCUUCACUGUUGACAUUGAGACUGGUGUUUUGCGGGUACUAUUUAAUGAAGCUGCCAGUUGAGGACCUGUGAGGCGUCUGUUUCUCAAACUAGACACUGUCCGCUUGCUCAGUUGUGCACCGGAGCCUCCCACUCGUCUUUCUAUUCUGGUUAGAGCCGUUUGCGCUGUUCUGUGAAGGGAGUAGUACACAGCGUUGUACGAGAUCUUCAGUUUCUUGGCAAUGUCUCGCAUAGAAUAGCCUUCAUUUCUCAGAACAAGAAUAGACUGACGAGUUUCAGAAGAAAGUUAUUUGUUUCUGGCCAUUUUGAGCCUGUAAUCGAACCCACAAUUGCUGAUGCUCCAGAUACUCAACUAGUCUCAAGAAGGCCAGUUUUAUUGCUUCUUUAAUCAGCACAACAGUUUUCAGCUGUGCUAACAUAAUUGCAAAAGGGUUUUCUAAUGAUCAAUUAGCCUUUUAAAAUGAUAAACUUGGAUUAGCAAACACAACGUGCCAUUGGAACACAGGACUGAUGGUUGCUGAUAUAGGGCCUCUUUACGCCUAUGUAGAUAUUCCAUAAAAAAUCAGCCGUUUCCAGCUACAAUAGCCAAUUACAACAUUAACAAUGUCUACACUGUAUUUCUGAUCAAUUUGAUGUUAUUUUAAUGGACAAAAAAAGUGCUUUUCUUUUCGAAAACAAUGACAUUUCUAAGUGACCCCAAACUUUUGAACGGUAGUGUAUACAGUGGGGGAAAAAAAUAUUUAGUCAGCCACCAAUUGUGCAAGUUCUCCCACUUAAAAAGAUGAGAGAGGCCUGUAAUUUUCAUCAUAGGUACACGUCAACUAUGACAGACAAAAUGAGGAAAAAAAAUCCUGAAAAUCACAUUGUAGGAUUUUUAAUGAAUUUAUUUGCAAAUUAUGGUGGAAAAUAAGUAUUUGGUCAAUAACAAAAGUUUCUCAAUACUUUGUUAUAUACCCUUUGUUGGCAAUGACACAGGUCAAACGUUUUCUGUAAGUCUUCACAAGGUUUUCACACACUGUUGCUGGUAUUUUGGCCCAUUCCUCCAUGCAGAUCUCCUCUAGAGCAGUGAUGUUUUGGGGCUGUCGCUGGGCAACACGGACUUUCAACUCCCUCCAAAGAUUUUCUAUGGGGUUGAGAUCGGGAGACUGGCUAGGCCACUCCAGGACCUUGAAAUGCUUCUUACGAAGCCACUCCUUCGUUGCCCGGGCGGUGUGUUUGGGAUCAUUGUCAUGCUGAAAGACACAGCCACGUUUCAUCUUCAAUGCCCUUGCUGAUGGAAGGAGGUUUUCACUCAAAAUCUCACGAUACAUGGCCCCAUUCAUUCUUUCCUUUACACGGAUCAGUCGUCCUGGUCCCUUUGCAGAAAAACAGCCCCAAAGCAUGAUGUUUCCACCCCUAUGCUUCACAGAAGGUAUGGUCUUCUUUGGAUGCAACUCAGCAUUCUUUGUCCUCCAAACACGACGAGUUGAGUUUUUACCAAAAAGUUAUAUUUUGGUUUCAUCUGACCAUAUGACAUUCGCCCAAUCCUCUUCUGGGUCAUCCAAAUGCACUCUAGCAAACUUCAGACGGGCCUGGACAUGUACUGGCUUAACCAGAAAUCUUGCUUGUUUGUAGGUGACCAAAUACUUAUUUUCCACCAUAAUUUGCAAAUAAAUUCAUAAAAAAUUUUGAUUUUCUGGAAAAAAAAUUCUCAAUUUGUCUGUCAUAGUUGACGUGUACCUAUGAUGAAAAUUACAGGCCUCUCUCAUCUUUUUAAGUGGGAGAACUUGCACAAUUGGUGGCUGACUAAAUACUUUUUUCCCCACUGUAUAUGCUGAAGUUUUCAGUUCCAACUGGGCACAGACAUCAAUUCAACAUUUAUUCCAUGUUGGUUCAAUGUAAUUUCAUUGAAAUGACAUGAAAACAACAUUGAUUCAACCAGUGUGUGUCCAGUGGGUUCAUAUUUGGUACAGCUUUUGGAAUAGGCUUCAUUUUCUAUCUCUUCAGUAGCUUACUGCUAAAAUAAUCAUUUUAAAAGGCAACAUGAUGUCAAGGUUAAGAAAUGAAUUAAGUUUAAUUUGCAGAGGAUCAAAAAAAGUCUAGCUGGUACAUUGUUGUCUGCGACACAAUUUGGCCAAUGCGAUUCUUAUGCCAAUUAUGCCAAUUAAACAUCAGAACAUUGAUCUACUGUUUGAUGUUUGUGUUGCUGUGAAACAUCACAAAGAUAAAAACAGUUCUCAAGAGUUCUUAAAACAUCAAAAGUGUAAGUUAUAAGCUACAGUGAGCUCCAAAAGUAUUUGGACAGUGACAAUGUUUGUUGUUGUUUUGGCUCUGUAUUCCAGCACUUUGGAUUUGAGGACUAUGAGGUUAAAGUGCAGACUGUCAGCUUGAAAUUUCAUCCAUAUAGGGUGAACCGUUUAGAAAUUACAGCACUUUUUGUACAUAGUCUCCCCAUUUUAGGGGACCAAAAGUAUUGGGACAAGUUCACUUAUAUUUAUGUGUAUUAAAGCAGUAAAAAGUAUUUGGUCCCAUAUUCCUAGUACGCAAUGACUGCAUUAGCAUUAAUCUUGUGACUGUACAAACGUGUUGGAUGCAUUUGCUGUUUGUUUUGGUUGUGUUUCAGAUUAUUUUGUGCCCAAUAGAAAUGAAUGGUAAAUAAUGUAUUGUGUCAUUUUGGAGUCACUUGUUUUUGUAAAUAAGAAUAUAAUAUGUUUCUCAACACUUCUACAUUAAUCUGAAUGAAUCGUGAACAAUGAUGAAUGAGUGAGAAAGUUACAGACCAACAAAUAUCAUACCCCCAGACACGCUAACCUCUCACCAUUACAAUAACAUUGGAGGUUAGCAUUUUGUUUGGGGGGGGUGAUAUUUAUGCCUCUGUAACUUUUGUCACUCAUCAUUAUUCACGAUUAAUUCAGGAUUAUCCGUAAUCGUGGUAGCAUCCACAUUAAUGUAGAAGUGUUCUAUUCUUAUUUACAAUAAAAGUGACUCCAAAAUGACACAAUACAUUAUUUACCAUUCCUUUCUAUUGGGCACAAAAUAAUCUGAAACACAACCAAAACAAACAGCAAAUGCAUCCAACAAGUUGGUACAGUCACAAGUUGAUGUGUCAUUGCGUGCUAUGAAUAUGGGACCAAAUACGUAACUUCUUACUACUUUAAUAAUGCACAUAUGUGGAUUUGUCCCAAUACUUUUGGUCCCCUAAAAUGGGGGGACUAUCUACAAAAAGUGCUCUAAUUUCUAAACGGACAGUCUGCACUUUAACCUCAUAGUCAUUGAAUCAUUUCAAAUCUGAAGUGCUGGAAUACAGAGCCAAAACAACAACAAAUAUUCACUGUCCCAAUACAUUAGGAGCUCACUGUGUAAGUUGUAUGUUUCUGUGUAAGUUGGAAUAAUACACUGAAUUGAAAGUACUUUUCAUUGGACAGUAAUGAAUCUGGUGUUGUAGUUAGAAAGAAAAUAUAAUUAGCAUCCAUGAGCAGAUAGUGUAUGUUCAUCUCCUGUAUCUCCUAUUUGUUAAGGGUUUCUGCCUCAAUGUGUUUUUCAUGUCUCCAAUGCAGGUUGCAGCUCUCAUCCAACUCCUCAUUGAAAACACCCCAGCCAUUUUUGGUAAAGAUGUUGAGUGCAUUUUUACUGAGCCAAAUAGUGAACAAGGAACUGUAGAGGAUGUCAUGGGUGAGAUCUUUGUUAGAUAACAUAAAUGGUUUCAAAUUUUUUUGGCAUUUUCAUGGAAACCCUGUGGUCUCACUUUGAUCUUUUCAUGUUUUUUCUUUCAGUGGAGUCUUACCAGCAGCUCUACUUGUCUGAUGAUUGGGACUGGGAGAAGCAAGGAGGACUUCACUCUCCUAAUAGGGAACCUUUGUUCCUGCCUCUAGGGAAACUGGUCUUGAAAGAGGAGAAAGAGAUUUUGGGCCUUCUGAAUGAGGUUGACUCCUUGAAAAAGCAACAUGUGACAGAGGACAGUGCUUAUAGCUGUGGGAAUCUAGACUUAAUGUCUUCCCUCUCCAGUGGGUCUAUCUGCUCCCUGAUGGGGACCCAGAGUCUUCGCUCAGCCCGCUGCUCCUCAGAACCCAGUGUGUGUCUGGCUUCUCCCCAGUCAGGGCCCCAAAGCCAGCUCCACACUCCUGUUGCCCGCCAGUCCAGCUGCGAUGCGGCAGUGAUGUGUGGCUGUGCAGACCAGUCCCAACACACACACAAACCCCACGCUAAGGGGCUACUAAAGGGGGACAACAGCCCCAGAGUAGGUGGCAGCAGAUCUAGGUAUGCCUUCUGGAGGUCCCCUCAGGUAGCCUCUAGGUUCUGGCACCCUGCCCAGAGGCUGGCCAUGUCCAACAGGUCCAGUUUCUCCAGCCUGUCCUCCACAGCCACCUCCCCGUCUGCCUCCUCUCUGAGUUCCAUAGACAGCGCCUUCUCCUUCUGCUCUGACUCUGUGUCCUCUCUCAAUGAGCCCAACUCCCUACCCUUCCUGUUCGGCUCGUCGGCACGGUUACGCCCUCUCACCCCAGACACCCCGAAGAAAUUCCCAAAAGACUGGAGCAUGACAUUCCCAGCAGCAGUGGCUCAGGCACCCGAGGUUUUGGACUGGUAUAAUGAGUAUGAUGAGAGAGAGGAAGACAAGGAGCAUUACCGUUCUAUUAGCAUUCAGAAUAGAGAAGACCACCAGUUACGUACGCAAAGCCUCUGUAGUUUAAAAGGUGAGAAUAGUCAAAGCCCUGUCUCUCAACCAGAUGACAGUGCGAAGAUUAUCUCUGAUUGGAGUGGGGAGCAGGUGCACCAGAGCCAGAAGGAUAAAGUGUUCGAGACGUCAGAGUCAAAAGGGCAGACCAAAGAAAUAUCCAUUACACACAUACAGCUGAGAAAAACAAACAACCAGGCUGUCAACAAAGAAGAGGUGAAGAGGACAAAAAUUACAUUUUACACCUCCUCUAAUAGAAUGCUGGUGAAGAAACAGUCUGAUCAACCUGUGGAAGAAUGUGGAGUCUCUCUGGUGUCUGACACAGGGAGAGAACAUCAGGAAAAUGCGGAACUGCUGGCCCAAAGUGUGCAGGUCCACAUACCCCAGACAGUGUUCUAUGGUCAAAACAGUCCACUGGUCCUUCAGUCUGUGUCAAUCAGACAAUCUUCCAACAACAAGGAGAAAGGAGCAAAGGCCAAAACAGAUAUUGACCAUGGCGAGGUGGUCCCUGAACAGUUGGGUGGUGGGUGCACCCCUCUCUCCCAGACAUCAUCUAAAACCAAUGCCAAAACUGCAAGCACAAUCAGCCACAAGACUGCAACCACAAUCAGCCACACUAUAAGAAUAAAACUGCCAGCAACUGUCAGAAACACUGUGAGAGAAUACUUCAGCUCAAGUGACAGCAAGAAUGGCAACUCGGAUGCAAAAGCGAUCGAAAAAAAAAGUUGUAAGUAAACUCCAGUAGCAAAUUAAAAUGGCUGGACCAACAGAAAAUAUCACAAAGCUAUCACAUGGUGAGGAAUCAGUUGUCUGAUUGUACAAAUGCUCAUCAUUUGGUGUUAUAGAAUGGGUUAUCAGAAUGUAGAUAAUCAUGGGUUACUUUACCCCCCUCUUUGUGUGUAAAUACAGUUGAAGUCGGAAGUUUACAUACACUU